UCGUAAAUUCACUGUUCUGCAAACAUUGUCAGCAAGCCUAUAGUACGUAGAUCACUAAGCACCCAGCCGCUCGAUGGAACAAAUACAAAGGCUGAAAUAAGUUUUGGGUGGUAGCGUCGCACUAAAAGCUAGACGGUGGGAUAUGAUAGCGGGUAGGCCUACGUUUAAAAACUAAGUCUAUAGUUACGUUUCCCUUUGAUAUACUCGAAUCCCUGGCACCUGUCGGAUCCAAACAGUUAUAUUGGGCUUUGGGUAUUUAAUCACGACCAAAUAUCAACACUUUCGUUGAAAAAAAUGGUAUUUAAUUAAAUGGAAUCUUGAAAUGAAAAAUCAAACCGUGACUGAACUCCCCUCCGAGGUUGGCAGAAUGGUACAGUCUUUGGACGAAGGUCCCAAUUCCAAAACAUUCGAAAUGACCCGAAUGGAAAACGUGGAUGUCUGGCGGUUUGCUGGUGCUCAAGUGAGGACUUACGGAAAGUUCAGUUGAUAUUCUUAUAUCGUUCCCACAUCGAAGCAAUACGGAAAAAAGGGAGUCGUGAAACAAGGUGAUUCCACCCCCCUCCCCCCAUAUCCACCUGCAGAAGAAGACCGACCCCCCCCCCCCCCCACCCAAACCUCAGCAUGGACUGUAAGGAGGAGAUCAGCGACACUGACAGCGGCAUCAUCCUGCAGUGUGGCCCGGACAGCCCCUCCUCGCCCCUGAAGGACGUGAGUGGGCGGAGCCAGGCCGCCAGGCUGCGGCAGCAGGCCCUGCAGGACCGCCUGGGGGAGUGCCUGAGGGAGCUGAAGCACCUGUGCAUCCGAGAGGCUGAGCUGACCGGGCAUUUGUCCUCGGACUACCCCCUGUUGCCCGGCGAGAAGCCGCCAGUCAUCCGUCGGCGAGUCGGGACCGCCUUCCGGCUGGAUGAGGAGAGCAUUCUGCAGGGCGGAGAGCACCCGGAACUGGGCCCCCUGGAGGCGGAGCUGGCGCUGCAGCUGCAGAUUUACGAGGCGGCCCGCAGACUGUGCCAUGAGGAACACCUGAGCCGGGCGGUGAGGCGCAGCCGGCUGCAGCAGUGCCAGGGCGCGCAGCGGAAGCUGCAGGAGCUGCAGGAGGCCGCCUUCCAGCUCCGGCUCCGCCUGGGGCGCGGCUCGCCCCGCCCGCCCCGCCCGCCCCGCCCCGAUAGGCUCCCGGGUGAGGUCACUUCCUGCGUGAUGCUCGGAACAAUAUACACCUCUGUCAACUCACUGAGGAUAGUGACCUCUUUCCUCUUUUCAGAAGAGGUGCCGAGCCAGGGUUCAGACCGAAGCCUGGAGGCCUCUCCGGUGCCUGACCCCCUCCAACCUGCUCCAGGGUCCCCCCCGCGCCUCCUGCACGCCCCAUGGUACCCCCCCCUACAGGUCCUGGAGGAGCUGACGCCCUGUCACAGCCCCAGCCUGGAUUACGACAAGCCCCCCAUCCAGAACUCUCCGUGGACCGAGUCCAGUCUGGACCAGCCCUACCAGAAACCAAAGAAGAAGAGCCGCUCGGCCUGCAGCAGCCACACCAGCAGCCCGAUGGUGACCCCCACGGUCACCCCCACGGUCACCCCCACGGUCACCCCGAUGUCCACCCCCGCGUCGACCCCAGUGGACUCCCCGUUCGGAAGCUCCGCCCACCCGUUGCACUUGACUCCAAUCAAGGGCCUGGAGCUACGCCACGCCCAGUCCCACAGCGCCCCCUGUACCCCGGAGCUGCAGCUACGCCGGCAGCAAUCGCAGUCUUUCAGGCUGCCCAGCAGAGAGCUGUCCCAUGAGUCCGGUCAGCCCCGGGGACGGUCGCGGCUGGCGAGGAGACGGAUCGUGGAAUUUGGGGAGGCGCCGGGGGAACGUGGCCCCCUGCAGGUGGGGCUGGGAGGUAUGCUGUACCCGUCCAGCUCGGAGGACAGCUGCUCUGAACACUCGGCUCCCUCCUACGCCAGCUCUCCCUGCUGCGACUUCCCCGUGGAGCUGACCGACCCGCGGCUGCCCCAGUACGGGUACCCCAACGAUGGGCCCCACAGUGGGCCCCGGCCCAACGAUGGGCCCCACAGUGGGCCCCGGCCCUACGAUGGGCCCCACAGCAGAGCCCUUCCCUACGAUGGGCCCAACGAUGGGUCCCACAGUGGGCCCCGGCCCUACGAUGGGCCCCACAGCAGAGCCCUUCCCUACAAUGGGCCCCACGGUGGGCCCCUGCCCUAUGAUGGGCCCCACAGCAGAGCCCUGCCCUACGAUGGGCCCCACGGUGGGCCCCUGCCCUACGAUGGGCCCCACGGUGGGCCCCUGCCCUACGAUGGGCCCCACAGCAGAGCCUACACUGGCCCCCAUGGAGGGCCCCUUCCCUACGAUGGGCCCCACAGCAGAGCCUACACUGGCCCCCAUGGAGGACCCCUCCCCUACGAUGGGCCCCACAGCAGAGCCUACACUGGCCCCCAUGGCGGGCCCCUCCCUUACGAUGGGCCCCACAGCAGAGCCCUCCCGUACGAUAGGCCCCAUGGGGGGCCCCUGACCUACACUGGCACCUUCUACAAGAACCCCAUGCACCAGUCCAGCCCCAGUUUUUACGGGGGGUACAUUGAGGACAACAGGGGGUACCCUCCCGAGAUGGACAUCAGAAGACUGUACUUGGGCCCUCCACCACCCUCCGGCCCCGCUGGCCCCCCGGGCCGAUAUGAGCACUGGUACGAGGAAGCACCCCAACGGCCAAUGCUCAGGGCCCUGCCCCCCCACAUUCGGCUGUCCCGAGCCCCCUCCCUUAGAGAGCACCCCCCUCACCCCCAGGGCAGGGGUCUUCCGUGCGAUCCGGUGUCCGAUGGGCUGAAGUCCUGGCAGCAGCGCGGCCAGCAGGGGGCGCCACCGCGGCCCCGGUCGCUCGAUCGUCAGGGCGCGGUCCGCGUGCGGAGCGUCCAGGAGCGGGAAUCUCCCCUCGCCCAUCCCCCCCGGCAACAUCGCCAACCGCAGCAGCAACCGCCGCACAGGUACCAGGAACAGGGCCGCCCCAGGCAGAUCCUCCAGAGGGGCCCCGAUGGAGCCCCGGUGCAGUGGUUCACGCAGGAGGACUCGGAGAUCGCCAGCCAGGUGUAGCUGAGCGCAGGCCGGGCCCCAGGCUGGCGUUUCCCUCGUCCUGGAGGAGCUCGUCUAUUUAUUCGAUUUGCGCCGCUGCUCUCCUGAUGGGGGGGGGGGGGGUCUUGCCUUAAAUGUGGAUCAUUGGGUUGUGGAGUGGCUGUCCCGUCUCGGGUGCAACAAUGUAUGGCCAACGUGACUGUUAUUCUGUUUUGUUUUGAUUUGUUUUUUACUGUGAAAAAAGAAAAUGCUGAUGUUUUUUUAAACUGAAAAUGAUUAAUGGAAAUUACUAUUGUGAUUUUAUUUUGAAACCAUGUUUUGAUUAUAAAGAGAUUUCAAAUAUUGUACAGAAAAAAAUAUAUAUUUAUAUAUGUAUGUGUGUGGAUUUUUCUGCAAUAUUGAAUAAAGUGGUAAUUCCAAGGCCAUUUA